UUAGCAACCUGCGGUAUCCAGGUUACGCAGUUUACGCAAACAUUCAUCUUAACUUUAGCAACCGGAGGAGCCGAUAUCUUUAACAAGUGAUUUAGUUUAUUAAUGAACAUUCACAAUAUAAUAACUUUUAAUAAGGAUGUCAUCCCAAGUUUUGGUGUCCCGACCCUAUUUUGACACCAGGGCCGUGGCGCAGAAUGGCUCGCAGCCGCCGGUUCCAGCACCGGACACCGCCGUCAAGGAAAGCCUUUACGCCGGUACAUCCGCCGGUUUGGCAACAGCAGGCUACCGAAGCGCUAAAUACGCCCCCGAGGAGUGGUUCGCAAAUAACUCCGCACUGUUAAACCGGGCAGUUGCGGAUCGGAACCAAGCGGAGAGGAUCCGUCAAGAGUCCAAAGCGCUGAAGGCGAAAACCGACAGCGGGACUUUACGCACUCAGACCGAUGGCACCAAACACCUGGGCGAGCGGCUCCAGGACACCCACCGCUGGAGAUCCGAACUGGAGCGCUUCAUCGAGCGGCUGACUGCAGAAACGGAGCUGCUGACGAGCUCCAGGCGGCGGCUGGAAAAAGCACUGGACGCCACGGAGAUUCCCUUCGCCAUCGCGUCUGAUAACCUCACCUGCCGAGAGAGACGCUUCGGACCAGAUCUGGUGGAGGACGAGGUGGAAGAGGAGCUGCUGAAGGAGGUGGAGCUGAUCAGAAGCAUCCAGGCCCUGCUGAAGAAGACUCUGGAGCAAACUGUCAAGCAGAUUAAGCUAAACCAGGAGGCAAAGCAGACCCUUGAGUUUGACUGGUCUGAUAAACACCAGGCUUACAGUCUAGAUGACCAGUGUGGUCGCUACAACAACAGGAGCACAGACACACAAAGACACCCGGGCUCAGCCGUGCUGCAGGACCAGGUUUGUGAUCAGGGGGCGUGGAGUAAGUUUACUCACAAUAACCUGCUGCUGGCGGAGAGAGAGGAAGGGGCGAGCCAGGCCCUGCGGGAGAUGAUCGAGCAGGUGUUGCAGGACACGACCGAGGACCUGCGAGCGCAGUGUGCCGCUGUAGAUCAGGCGUUCACUCGGUGCUGCAUAGAGCUGAACCAGGCCAAAACACAACUGGAGCUACAGCUGGCACAGAUCUUGGAUCAGAUUGGGGCUCAGGAGAAGAAUGUUUCGUUGCUGCAGGAAGCUUUGCAUGAUAAAGAAGCUCCACUCAGAGUGGCUCAGUCCAGACUGCAUUACAGGACCUUUAGACCCAACAUGGAGCUCUGCAGAGACCAGCCUCAGCUCAGUCUGUUAGGGGAAGUGUCUGAGAUCAGUGGUACAGUGACGGCCCUGCAGCAGCAGCUGUAUGAAGCACGCAGAUCUUUAUCAGACCUGGAGGAGAUCAGACUGGCUCUGGGAAAAGACAUCGCCUGCAAAACCAACUCCCUCCACAUCGACCGUGAGAAGUGUAUGACACACCGCACCCGUUACCCUACUGUCACAGUGCUGUCUGGAUACUGACACACUUUCACAAUUUGACAAGUGUUCUGACAAGUUUUGCACAGUCACCUCCUUAUGUAGUCCACAACGUUUGGAUGGUUUGAUUUUGUCUGUGGUUUCUGUAUUUUUUGACAUAUGUGUUUUCAUGUGAAUAAAGGAAGGCUU